AUGUCUGUCGAUCCCCUCUCGGCAACGUCCCAAACCCCGCCCUCGUCCCGGAAUCGUUGGGUGCUGAACAAGCUCACCUCCCAUUUUGGUCACCGAAAUCGCAACAUCUCCGAGUUCUACGUCCAGCCAGACGAUCCAUGGAGAACCUACUUCCCCGGCGACGUCAUCAAGGGCACGGUCGUCCUCACCGUGGUGAAGCCCGUCCGCAUUACACACUUGGUCGUAUGCCUACACGGAUUCGUCAAGGUAUUCAAGAAUACGGUGGCUCCAGGGGAAGCGGGCCCUGAAAUUGGGUUUCUUGGUCCAGGAAGAGGCAGGAGAGGAGGCCAGUACCUAGGCAAUGGGCUUGCGACACUAUUUGAGGACGAGUUGGUUCUCUGCGGCGAUGGCCGCCUCAAGGAAGGCAUUUAUAAGUUCCAGUUUGAAUUGGAGCUUCCGCCUUAUAGCCUUCCUAGUAGUAUCAAUUUCGAGCGCGGAACAAUUUCAUACGUUAUCACGUCCACUCUGACUCGACCAACGACCAUCAGUCCCACAAUGUCUUGUCACCGGCGGAUUACUGUGCUCGAAAACCUGGACAUUGCGCCAUUUCCCCCUCCUAAGCCUCGAGUCGUCUCCUUGGAGGCAGUAUCGAAAAAGCCCAAGGCGAUUUUGAAGCAAAAGAACCCAUCCGCCGAUCAGGUUCAGGAUUCAACCUUACUGGAAGCGUCCCUGAACGGCCUUUCGGCAAAUGAUCAGAGACCUCCCUUGAGUCCCGCGCCUAGCGAGAUCAGCGGUUCGAGUCGCGUGAGCACCAGCAGUCAGAGUUUCCAGAUCCCGGGGGACCCGAAGUCGACGAGAACGGGCAGCGUGCGGAGUAGUGGAGCUCGCAGCACUACUGCAUCCUUGCCAGAGAAGACCAUUACCGCGACAGCGGAGCUUCAACGAGCCGGAGGAUUGCCUGGUGACACCAUACCUAUCAAAAUCACCAUUAAUCAUAACCGAAAAGUGCGGAGUCCCCACGGCAUUAUUAUCACCCUCUACCGGCAAGGUCGGAUUGACGUUCAUCCGGCCAUCCCUGUCGGUCCACCGGGCCCAGACGGCAAGCAGAACUAUGAGGAUUACCUGCCAAAAUCGCGGACCGGGCUGAGUGGUCUUUCUUUUGGCACCAGCCGGAGCAGCAGUGUCUUCCGGAAGGAUCUUUCCCAGACGUUCGCGCCGUUAAUCGUCGAUCCGGUCACCAUGAGCGCAACCGUCAAGACCUCGAUUCGGAUUCCCGAGGAUGCGUUUCCAACGAUCGGGCGUGUUCCGGGCGGAAUGAUCAGUUUUCGAUAUUACGUUGAAGUGGUGGUUGAUCUGCGUGGCAAGCUUGCCGCGCAGGAUCGCUUUCUUCCACGUUUGAACAUGGUCUCAGGAGGUAGCAACUUUUCCUCCAGUGGCCAGGUUUUCACUGUCGCGGAUAAAGCGGGCAAUUCCAUCACUUCUAACUGGGCUGGCAACAUUCUGGACACCGAUCAGAUUCGACGCGAGAAAGGUGUCGUCGCCAUCGUCUUCGAGGUUGUGGUUGGGACACGAGAUUCGAGCCGUCGUCCACGUCAAACGACGGAGGAGAACGCCUCGCUCGCUGAUCACUCGGCCGCCUUUCACAGUACCAGUUUCGAUGGAGCUGAUAGGUACUCCGAUGGACACAUCGAUAUUGGGGAGGAGCAGUACGCCGCUGAAGGUUAUUAUCCCAAUGCAGAUUACUACUACGACCAUGAGGAGGAGUAUUGGGAUGAGUAUCCCACAACAGGAGGGCAGCCUUACCAAUCACUGGGUGAGGUCUUUCCACCUCCGCAGCCCGAGGAGCCGGUGGAUGAGAAGACUAGGUUGCGGCGAGAAGAAGAAAUGCUCUUGCCGAGUCGCCCGCCAGGUCAGGAUGAAGCCGGCCCUUCCACCGUGGUAGCAACUGCUCCCACAGCGCCAGAUUUGCCGGACGAUGACCCAUAUCCCUACAAUCCUCCGAACAGUGGGAAUGAUGCCCCCUCUUCGGCCCCGUUGUCAUCUGCCUUGUCUGUGGAGACUAUCGUUCUUGGUCCUAGCUCUGCCGGCCCAAGCGAGCCUCCUCCCGCUCGCGGUGAGGUCCAGUCUCACGGGGAUGAUAAGCAGGAGCUCGAGAGGCAGCGAUUAAUGAUGGAGGCUAGUGCCCCGGAUCCGGCACCCGGUGGUAGUACUCCAGCUGCCAACGCCGUUCCUUCUGCUCCUGUACUCGACGAAGAGGAUCAGAUUAUAAGUCUGGAUGGUGGUGGAGAUGAAGCUCUACCGCGAUAUCAACGUUGA